AUGGGCACCUCGGCUUCGAAACCGGACAGCCUGUCCAUCGCUAACCAUCCGGCUAAACGAGUACCGGGGCCAAGGUUACUUCAUCAUCUCGUGGCCAGAGCUUCACACAAGUCGCCACUCGCCAUCGACUUUCUCUCCACAAGCGGGCAGCGAACGUCUUUAUCGUAUGCCUCCUUACACGAGGCUUCCGAUGUAUUGGCAAACAGGAUCUCGGCUCUCGCAGGAGGCUCGAACUACUCGUCACCGUUCGUUGUUCCAGUUCUGAUCCCGCAAAGCCUGGAGCUGUACAUCGCCAUACUAGCUAUCUUGAAGGUCGGAGGUGCAUUUUGCCCGAUAAACUUGGAUGUGCCCUCGAGCCGCACCAAGUUUAUUCUAGAGGAUGUUUCCGCCAAACUUGUGAUUACCACGUCCGAGCUGGCCGGCAACUUGCCAGCUGGAAAUUAUUCUGUCCUUCUUGUCGACAACGAAAGGGGUGUGGCUGCGGUAGGAAAACGUUCUUCCCACCGCAAGUCUACCCCAUCCGACCUCGCAUACGUGAUGUACACCUCCGGCUCAACUGGGACACCAAAGGGGGUAGGCGUGUCCCAUGACGCCGCUACGCAGAGUUUACUCGCUCAUGAACGUCAUAUUCCGCCAUUUUCACGCUUCUUGCAAUUCGCCGCGCCCACGUUUGAUGUUUCUGUUUUUGAGAUCUUCUUUCCGUUGUUUCGCGGUAAGACUCUCGUUGCCUGUGCCCGGUCGACAAUGCUGAACGACCUGCCGGCUGUCAUUCGGGAUAUGGAGGUGGACGCGUGUGAGCUGACGCCCAGUGUGGCCGGGAGUCUUCUCCGGACCCGACAAAACGCGCCCGGUCUUCGCUUGCUGUUGACAAUCGGAGAGAUGCUCACGCAACCGGUGGUGGAGGAAUUUGGCGGUGCGGAUGGCCGUCGGAGUAUCCUUUGGGGCAUGUAUGGUCCGACGGAAGCGGCGAUUCACUGUACGCUCCAAGCUGAGUUCGCUAGUCGCUCAGCUGUUCAGAACAUUGGCGUCCCAAUCGACACUGUAUCCGCCUUUAUCCUCAACAUUCCCACAGAACACAGCACGAACCAAGCCAUCUCCGUCCUUCCUCGUGGAGAAAUCGGUGAGCUAGCCUUGGGUGGGUACCAGCUCGCCCAAGGUUAUCUCAACCGGCCGGAGCAGACAUCAGUUGCAUUCAUCGACAGCUCGUAUGGUCGCCUUUACCGGACGGGAGACAAAGCCCGGAUGCUUUUGGACGGCACGCUCGAAUGUCUUGGCCGGAUUGCCGACGGGCAGGUCAAGCUCAGGGGCCAGAGAAUGGAGCUUGGGGAGAUCGAGCAGGCUGCAUUGAAAACCCCGGGAUGCCACAGUGCCGCUGCCACGGUUAAAGAAGCUACGCUUAUUUUGUUUUGCGCGGUCGAUGAUGGAUCUGGUGAUAUAAGAGAUGCUAUUCUGCAGUCCUGCAAACAAUGGCUUCCCGGGUUCAUGGUCCCUAACGAGAUUGUUAUGGUGCCAAGUUUCCCGCGUCUCGCAUCGGGGAAGGUUGACAGGAACACAUUGGCUGCUGAGCACGGAACUCAGACCAUUGGCUCAUCUCUAGACAUUCCGUACAGGGACGCGCUGGAGGAGCAGCUGUGUGCGGUCACGGGCACUUUCCUGGGGGUUCAAGUUCAACCAGACCAAGACCUGUCCAAAUCUGGUCUGGAUUCACUCACGGCGAUCAAGCUUGCUUCGCUAUUACGAGACGCCGGGUUUCGAGUCGGUGCCAUCGAUCUUUUGGCGGACCGGUCUGUCUCGGCGAUACACAAACGGAUACUUUCCGGACUUGGAGCCGGGAUACCACCGGCCGGGCCUCGAAUGAACGUUGCCCAUUCGAGGCCAGACAUUCCAGAUGUGGUAGCCGACAACCCAGUACUUGCAGCAAGUGGCCGGGCCGUCGAAUCAAUUCUCCCCUGCACACCACUUCAACGGUCCAUGCUGGCCGAGACAAUGGCUAAUUCCCGCACGUACUGCAACUGGGUCGAACUGCGAAUCGAUGGUCCACACCCCCGAGAAAUUGUGCGGUCCUGGUUCUUGCAACUGGCCCAAUCGAACGAAGCACUACGCACUGGCUUUGUGAGGCACGACGGGCGGAUUAUGCAAGUUGUUUUCGAGCAGCCCCUGCCAUCAAUCAUUGUGCUUGCCGACUCUAUCGACCGUGAGUUUGAAUUGCGCGAGGAAGCCGAUUUUCUCUGUCCAUUCCGCGUUUGGUUAUCUCAAACGCAAGGGUCCGUUAGCACCACUGCCAUUCUGCAGAUUCAUCAUGCAGUGUAUGAUGGUUGGUCGUUGGACUUGCUCCUUUAUGACUUGGAGAGACUAGCUCAAGGGCAGGAGUUGGCAGUUCGGCCACAGUUUCGUCGGGUCUUGGAGCAUCAACUCUCGGAGGAAUAUGCCCAAAACCGCGACGCGGCAACUGAGUUCUGGGCCGGGAAUUUACAGGGGUUCCAACCUCCGGGGCUCCUAGUACUUAACCCAGAAACAAACCAUACACCAACCGUCCUAUCAGCCACUGUUCCUGUCCCUAUCGACCCCAAAGCUCUCAGGGAAGGCCUUCAGAGCGUGGAGUGUGGACCGCAAACCAUCUUCCAAGCCGCGCUGGCCUGGUUGUGGAGUAGCAUGGUUGGGUCAGAAGACGUGGUGGUCGGUUCAAUACAAUCUGGAAGGACUUUGCCUGUAUCCAGGAUUGAAGACAUCGUCGGGCUUUGCAUCACUGCAGUGCCUCUCCGAACUAACCUGUCCCAAGUGCGCACAGUAAGGGACCUUCUCUUGGGUGUUCAUGCUGGGAACAGGGCGGCCAUGCCGCACGGCGUCUUGUCCCUGCCUGAUAUCAAACGGAGCGCAGGUAUCCGUCCUGGACAGUCGCUUUACGACGUUCUCUUCGUCUAUCAAGAGUCCCUAAAUAACCAGAGUAGCACCAGUAUUAUCAAACAGGUUGCUCAUCAUGACUAUCUCGAGACAAAACUCCUAGUCGAGGUCGAGCCAAGGGGCGCGCAUUUCGAUUGCCGGUUCACCUAUCAUUCGGAUGCGUUUCCGGAAUCCCAGGUCCGGAUCAUGGCAGAAUUGAUACCGGCCUUGGUGUCUCGAAUUCUCAGCAAUAUGGACGUGGAGCUCACUACCUUACGAUCGGCUUUCCCUGACCAUCUGCUCUCCAUCUUCAACCCCACCCCAAAGACCGUUUUUGGCACCCUUGAUUUGGCAACCGCGGUCGAACAAACAGCCGUGGAGUUUCCGCACAAAGACGCCGUGUGCUUCGUUGACAACAUAUCUGAUGGCGUCAUAUCCACCACCACCAUCACUUUCGCUGAGUUGAACAACAUGGCCAACUGCAUUUCCGGCCACCUGCUUGAACAUGGCGUUGGAGAAGGCGACGUGGUAGCCAUCGUCAUGGAAAAGUCGAUACGUCUUUACGCUGGUAUCCUGGCAAUUCUCAAGGCUGGCUGUGCAUACCUCCCACUUUUACCAAGCACCCCUGUCAAGCGGAUUCAAGGGAUUUUCCAGCAAGCUGACGUUGGACUCUGUCUGGUUGAUACCGUCACUCAGAAGAAAUGGGACCCGGAGCUUUCGUGCCGUUUUUUGAACAUUGAAUCCAUCAGUCUCACGAAACCGGUUGGCCAAUACGACAAGCCGCAGCCUGACACUGCUCGUUUAGCAUACAUCAUCUACACAUCGGGCAGCACCGGGGUGCCCAAGGGCGUCUGUCUCACUCAGCUCAACAUCAUGAGCAACCUGGAUGUGUUGUCGCGGAUAUACCCGGUCAAAGAAACUUCUCGGCUCUUGCAGUCCUGUUCCCAAGCCUUCGACGUCUCUGUGUUCGAGAUCUUCUUUGCGUGGACUCGCGGACUGUGCUUAUGCUCGGCCACAAACGACAUGCUCUUCGAGGAUCUCGAAAGAUCAAUCCGCAAGCUCAAUGUCACCCAUCUCAGCAUGACACCCACCGUGGCAUCGUUGGUUGACCCAGUCAACGUCCCAUGUGUUGAAUUCCUCGUCACCGCCGGAGAAGCCAUGACGGAAUCCGUGGCCCGUCAAUGGGGCGACAAGCUUUUCCAGGGGUACGGUCCAUCUGAAACGACAAAUAUCUGCAGCGUCAAGCAGAUGGGCCCAAAUCAGGCUGUUCAGCACUUGGGCCGGUCCUUCGGCAACACCUCAACGUUUGUAAUGCAUCAAGAUAGUACAGAAAUCGUACCUGUGGGCUGCCUCGGAGAGUUUUGCUUUGGUGGCGACCAGGUUGCACGGGGGUACCUCAAAAUGGAAGAGCUCACAGCGGCAAAGUUUAUUCAUCAUCCCAAAUUUGGCAGACUUUACAGAUCUGGCGACUUGGGGCGUAUGCUUCCGGAUGGGUCCAUGGUCAUUGUCGGCCGAGCGGACGAGCAGAUCAAAAUCCGGGGACAACGGGUGGAGCUCGACGAGAUCAAUGCCGCGAUUCGUGAGUCGGGGUACACUGAGUGUGCAACCCUGUUUCUGAAGGAGGGAGAAACAGGCAUGCGGGAUCAGAUUACCUCCUUUAUCGUGUUGAACAAGCAGGAUACCGACGGGUGUCAGGUGUUGGAAGUGGAUGACGGACUCAGGAGUAAUAUCCAAAGCCUGUAUCAGUCUCUCAACUCCCAGCUUCCAACGUACAUGAUCCCAUCGGCUGUCAUCCCCAUCUCGUCAAUCCCGAUCACUACUUCGGGCAAGUUGGAUCGAACCCGCUUGAAGCAGGCUUUUGCCGACAUUCAGAAACGGCAACUCGGUGCCGUGAAUUGCGGUGCUGCCUCUGAUGUGGAUGACAAAGAGUGGUCUGACACCGAGAAAAAGAUCGCCCGGGCCAUUUGCUCUGCUCUUAACGUUGACAAAGUUGAUCUACACAGAUGGACACCGUUGGCUACACUCGGGCUUGAUUCCAUAUCUGCAAUCCAGGUCUCGAGGAAAAUCUCGGAUACGCUAGGUAAACGAUUGCCUAUCUCGGCUAUUUUACAAAACACUUCAGUUGCAAGACUUGCCAGGAUAACGUCGAAACUGAAUGAUGGGGAAGCGAAACAAGUUCAGGUGCCAGACUUCCUCCCACAACAUGCUUUGGAUGACGUCGCCGGGCGUUUGGGGGAGGCGGGGAUCUCAUUCUCUAAAGUACUCCCAUGCAUGCCCCUACAGGAGGCCAUGCUCACCGCCUCAUUGACUGGUGGUCAAUACCUCAACCGCAUGCUAUUCAAGAUUACUGGGGAUUUCGAGAAAGUGAGAGCCGCUUGGAAUGCCAUGGUUCUGCGGCAUGAUAUCCUCCGGACGUGUUUUGUAUCCGGAGUCGAUACGCAGUGGCCGAUCUUACAAGUCGUUCUCGACCCCUGGACGGUCUCCUGGAAUGAGUUUGAGGGCUCCAUUGACCAGUGUGUGGCCAAGCACGCGCAGACUCUGCCACCUGCGGUGGACUCGCUGAUCCCUGCGGUAGCAUUUGCCACGGUCAAACACGGGGACGAUACCUUCUUGUCUUUUGUGUGCCACCAUGCUCUGUAUGAUGGUGUCGCCGUCGAGAAACUGCUCCAUGAAGUUGAGAAGCAUGUUACUGGCGAGCCACUCCCGCCGGUGCCGUCUUCCGAACGGUUCCUGGAGCAAUCCCUCAAAGUCACAAAGAGCACCGACGUCUUUUGGCUAGACCAUCUGGCCGGGUACCAGCCAAAGUUUGUUUUGGAUCUCCAGUCAAACCCGUCGGAACCGUUUGACAUUCGACACUCACUGGAUAUUCCCUUGUCUGAGGUCAUUGCUAAGACGCGGGAUCUUGGCGUUUCGCUUCUUGCUGUGGUUCAGGCAGGAUGGGCAGCGACGCUCGCUAGCAUCUUUCAAGUCCGCAUGAAUCUUUCUCGGCAGCCUCGGAAUCUCGAUUUGUUGAGGGCCUUCCACACUCUCAGUGCCCAACUCUUGCAGCAUCAGUUCACCCCACUUCGACGGAUUCGGUCUUUGAUUCCUGGGAACAGCGAGUCCUAUUUGUUUGAUACACUACUGCUUCUUCAGCCAAGCCCUCGACCCCUGGAUUCGUCCAUUUGGACGCUGGAACGAGACCAUGGGGAAACGGAUGUCCCUCUGGUCUGUGAGCUGACGCCGGAUCAUCAUGCCGAUGCCUUGAACAUCAAAAUCCACACCAUUGAAAGCAAAGCAUUCCCUGUCGGCUUGGUGGAAUUGAUUUACGACUUGUUUGUUCAUGCUCUGGCGCACAGCUUGCAGUUCCCGGGGUCACGUACAAGCCACGUCAGCUUGCCCUCAGUUCUCGUGGAGAGGCUCAGCCAUGUGAUAUACCGACGUCCAGCACCCACCGUCGCAGUGGAAAAGCCGGAUGAGCCCGACGAGAUUUGGACAAAUUUGGAGGUUACAAUCCGUGACGUGCUAGCUGAGUUUGCGGCUCGAUCACCAGAACAUAUCCGGCGCGAAACGACAAUCUAUCAACUGGGUUUGGACAGUAUCAGCGCUGUGCUAGUUGCAUCCGCUCUCCGAAAACGAGGUUACGAGAUGCUCGCUUCCGACAUCAUUACGCAUCCGACGUGCGCCAGCCUUGCUCAGUAUCUAGAGGCUCGCACGCCGGAAUCAAGUUCCCGCCAGAUGUACGACAUCGCCGCAUUUCAGACACAGGUCUGGGACCAGGUGCUUGACCAGGGCAUACCCAUGACUACAAUCGAAGCAAUUCUUCCAUGCACACCACUACAGUCUGGCAUGAUGGCCCAGUUUAUCAAGUCUGGUGGCCGGGAUUACUUCAAUUUCAUCAAUUUUGAUGUCGGGCCUGGAGUUGACAUCAAGGGGCUUGCGGAUGCGUGGGGUACUGUUUCGCGAGCACACACAAUUCUUCGGACCAGCAUCGUACCUGUCGAACAUGACGACUGUGCCUUUGCCAUGGUGCAGCGCGGUCUGGACCCAGCUGGGUCAAGCGCAGUGACAUCUGUCCAGCCAUCACCCGGGUUUGACAUCCGUGGAUGGCAACGUGACACAGCUGAAGCAGCGUGCAAAGCACCCCACACCGGGCUUUGGGCCGUUGCAUUGGUCGAACAGGGAGAAAUGAUUGAGAUGCAUCUCGCGAUUCACCAUGCACUCUACGACGCGUACUCUCUCCAGACCAUACUGGAUGACCUCGCUCGGGCGGCAAAUUGUGAAAGUAUCUCCUCUGAGAGGGGUUCUCUGGGUGCCGUUGCGGAUAUCAUGGGCCAGGCUUUGUCGGAAUCCGAGGCAUCCACCAAUUUCUGGAUCGAGAAGGCGGGAGAUGUUGUGAUCAACACCUUUCCGGUCCUCACGCCCCUAAGGGAGACAUCACGGGUUGUGCUGGCGGAGUGCAUCACUAGUGCCACUUCUUUGUCUGAGCUAGAAGAUGCAGCAUCCAAAUCCGGCCACACUCUGCAAGUCAUUCUCCAAGCAGCAUGGACACGAGUUCUGUGCGCCUAUCUCGGGGAGGAAUCCGUGGUCUUCGGGGUCGUUCUCUCCGGGCGCAACACAGAAGCAACUCGUGACGCUGCUUUUCCGUGCAUUACCACACUUCCGGUGGUAUCCCGCAACAACAACUCCAACCACGCUCUCCUAGCCCAAAUGCUCCAGUACAACACUGAGCUCUCUGCGCAACAGCAUCAACCGUUGACGCGGAUUCAGCAAAGGUUGGGAUGCUCGGACGCCAAAUUGUUUGACACACUGUUGGUCUACCAAAAGUUUGGGCGGAGCACUGCAAAUUCUCCGCCAUGGCGGGUUGUGAAAGAGGACGCCUUCAUUGACUUUCCCAUUUCUAUCGAGGUUGAGCCGAGCACAGACGGCAGUCUCAAGCAUCAGAUUACGUUCUUCAGUGAUGUGCUGUCCAACGAACAGGCAAGUCUCCUUUUGAGGCAAUUUGACGCAGCCGUCCAGCACCUCGCCUUUUAUCCUUCUGGGCAGGAUGCGGAUUUGUUUGGUCAAUGUCCGGGCGUCUUUUCAGUUCUCCCCGCUGAGACACCGGUAAUACCGACCAGCGUCCGGUAUCUCCACCAGUUCGUGGAGCUCUCUGCUCGACAAUCUCCUGCCGCGACGGCGUUGCACUUUGUGGACAGAUUCGACAAUGAUGUCCCGGUUGGGCGAAAGUGGACCUACAAAGAUCUUGACGACAACGGCAAUCGUGUUGCCCACUUGCUCACCCCCCACGCCCGGCCCGGGGAUAUCGUUGCCGUGUGUUUCGGCAAAUGCCCCGAGGCCUACUUUUCCAUCCUAGGUGUUCUCAAGACCGGUUGUGCCUUUGUGGCCCUCGACCCAAGCGCCCCACGGGCUCGAAAUGAGUUCAUUCUAAAGGAUUCCGGAGCAGUUGCGUUGGUUGCGUCAAAUAAUAUGAAGAGCAACCUUGAGGUUCUGCCCGGUGUAGAACGUUUGGUUGUCGACCUCGACUCCCUUUCGUCCAUACCACCGGUCCCAUUGGCCCUAGAACCAGCGGUGCAACCAUCCGAUGUGUGUUACUGCCUGUAUACCUCUGGCACAACGGGCACACCCAAAGGGUGCGAGAUCACUCACGACAACGCGGUCCAAUGCAUGCUAGCAUUCCAACACAUUUUUGAGGGCCACUGGCAGCAAGAUUCAAGAUGGCUGCAGUUUGCAGCUCUGCAUUUCGACGUGUCGGUCUUGGAACAGUACUGGACAUGGUCUGUCGGAAUCACCUUGGUCGCGGCUCCGAGAGAUUUGAUCCUUGAAGACCUGACUGGCGUCAUCUCCCGACUAGAGAUCACGCACAUCGACCUUACACCCAGUCUUGCGCGGCUGCUACAUCCAGAUGAUGUCCCCAGCCUCUGCAAGGGUGUUUUUAUCACAGGUGGUGAGUCACUGAAGCAGGAGAUUCUGGAUGUCUGGGGUUCCAAAGCUGUCAUUUACAACUUUUACGGUCCUACCGAGGCCACGAUUGGCGUUACCGCUUUCCCCAGGGUUCCUACUACCGGUCGCGCAUCGAACAUUGGACGGCAAUUCAUCAACGUCGGAUCCUAUGUUCUUAAGCCGGAUUCAGAGGACCCCGUUCUGAGAGGAGCCGUGGGCGAACUCUGUGUCUCUGGGAGGUUGGUUGGCAAGGGGUACCUACAUCGUGACGACCUGACCGCUUUGAAGUUCCCUACGUUGCAAAGAUUCGGGGAGCGUGUCUACCGAACCGGUGAUUUGGUUCGAGUGCUGCACGAUGGUUGUUUUGAGUUCCUCGGCCGUGCGGAUGACCAGGUCAAACUCCGGGGCCAGCGUCUCGAAAUUGGCGAGAUCAACCAUACCAUUCGCAAAGGGGUCAACACUGUCCAAGACGUUGCCACGCUGGUUGUCCGCAAUGAGGCCCAGCGCAAAGACCUCCUUGUGUCCUUUAUCACGGCGGUGAAAGGGACUAAACCAAGAGGGCCGGAUGCGCGUCUCGAGCUCAUGACCAGCCCAGAGGCUGUGGCACUCUGCCAACGUACCCGGGAUGCGUGCCGAUCGAAACUGCCUGGUUACAUGGUCCCAACAUAUGUUCUUCCGGUCGCGUUCAUCCCACUAUCAUCCAACAACAAGGCAGAGAUCAAGCAACUCAGGCACUUCUUUGUUUCUCUGAAUUCAGAGCACCUGAUUUCGCUGUCCUCUUCUGGCAACACGGUUCAAAAGCUCGAUGCGGCCGGCAAGAAGAUUGCCGCCGUUAUCGCUAGAAUGCAGAAGCUUGAUAUUCGGUCCAUAACCUCAAACUCGAACAUUUUUGAGCUCGGGGUCGAUUCGUUGUCCGUCCUACGUUUGUGUCGGGCCUUGAAAAAAGAAGGUUUCGUCCAUGCCAGCGUUUCCCUGAUCAUGCAACAACCGGUGAUGAAGGAUCUUUCAAAAGCUCUUGCAUCUAAAGAGACGCGCGGCAACUCUGCGCUGGUCACGGAAGCACGACAGCUUAUCCGCGGAUGUGGGCAUACAUAUCGGGCAUUGGUUUGCCGGGAACUGGCAACCACAGCAGCCGAGAUUGAGUACAUUGCUCCGUGCUCACCGUUGCAACAGGGAAUGAUGUCGAAAUCCGUAACGGACAACGCGUACUUCAACGCGUUCCAACUGUCCUUGACAUCCGAGACCUCUAUCGAGCGUUUGCGCGAUGCCUUGCGAAAGACCGUGGAUGACUUGCCUAUUCUCCGCACGGCGUUCUUGGCGACACCCGAAGGUGUCGUGCAAGUCGCAUUGAAACGGCGUUCCCUUCCUUGGUAUAAUAUCCACGCCGGCGGUCAAAGCGUGGCAGAGGUUAUGAUGACAGCUCGUGAUUCAUGGAUCUCACGCAACCAAGACACGUUGAGCCAGCCCAUUGAAGCCGUUCUCGUCGAAGAGGAAGGUGCACGCCUGCUUGUUCUUCACAUCUUCCAUGGGCUCUACGAUGCCAACAGCCUCAAAUUGGUUCUAGAUCGAGUGGUAGAAGAAUACCGAGCACUCGAAAACCGGCCUCGGAGAUUUGACCCCGAAACCGCGCCAUCCUUCCUCGAUGCGAUGUGCCACGGUCCGCUGCAGAACUUCGAAAGCAGCAAAUCGUUCUGGCUCGCUCAUCUGUCCUGUGCUACUCCCACGGUGUUAUCUGAAAUCGGGGACUUGCCGGUGCGGUUUGAAGAACGGCGGGUCCGAUUUGAAGAGCUUGAGCUGUUGAAAACACGGCUCGGCGUCACGCACCAAGCACUUGUCCAGGCAGCCUGGGUUGCCGUUUUAUCGAAGCAUACCAUAAACGGCCCGACAAUUGGUAUAAUCGUCUCGGGGAGGAACAUGAAACUUGACGGGGCUGAAAACGUUGUGGGACCGCUGUUCAACACUCUCCCUUUCCAUGCCCGAAUCACGCCCGGACAAGGCAUGACAUGGUCUUCGUUGAUCCGGCAGUGUCACGACUUCAACAUCACCGCUCUGGGCUUUGAGCAUGUACCUCUUCGUGACAUUCAAAAGUGGUGUAGUAAUGGCAGACCUUUGUUUGACACAUUAUUUUCGUUCCAAAGGGAUGAGCCGACACCGGGCGAACAACACCCUCUAUGGAGACUCAUCGAUGCUCCGCCGAACCCGGAUUACCCCCUUGCGUUGGAAGCUACCUUGGACCUCAGUCACUCCUUGAGACUACUUAUCGUUCGCAGAGGUGAUUUUGUGGGAGUGGAGGGGCUGAUGGACGACUUAGAGCAAGCGUUCAUGGCCAUGGCCAACGAUGAUGAUGGUGUCGUUGGCGUUGGAACCCCGCUAAUAGUCACAGGACAAGGGGAAAUUCCACGUGGCGAAUAUGUUCCGGAUGGGGCCUUGCUGAACAAAGUCCCUCGUUCUACCGCAACCGACACCUCAUUUUCCUGGACUGUUGAAGCCAUUGAGAUCCGCAAUGCGGUGGCCACACUCGCUGACACCGACCUGGGAACUAUCAAUGAAACGACUCCUCUGUUUGGAUUGGGUCUCGACAGUAUUGAUCUCAUCAGACUCUCGGCUAUGCUCAAGACAAAAGGAAUACAGAUCAAAACAAACGAGGUGAUGAAAGCGCAAACGAUUUCCGCCAUGGCCAAUUUGCUUCGAACCCGGGCCCGUGGUCCCCAGCCAAGCGAGAUCAAUGCCACGGCUCAACACAUGGCUUCCGAAGUAACUUCGUUCCGAGAACAUGUCCGCGGAACUGCUGCGGUCGGUGACGACGACAUUGUGCUCCCUGUCACCCACCUCCAAAAGGCCAUGGUGGUUGGAAUGAUUGAGUCCGACUUUCAGCUUUACUUCAACCACGAUAUCAUGGAAUUGGCAGUGUCAGUCGACAUGGACAGACUGAAAGACGCGUGGCAGGCAGUCAUUGCCGGAUCACCCAUUCUGCGCACACGGUUCCUGGCAGUCAACGGCCCGACUUCCAAAGCAUCAUAUUGCCAAAUCAUCAGCAAUGAGUCAUCAGGGCACAUAACUGAUAUGCAGUUGGAGACGAAGGAUGAACUAGCCAAGGUCUGUGAUGCAGCGAUGCUCCGAGCAAAAAAGGGGUCUGGGGCGUCUGAGCUCCUCCAACUUGCCUUCGUCUCGGUUGGGGCGCAGCGAUUCUUGGUGCUGUCCAUCGCCCAUGCUUUGUACGACGGUUGGUCGCUGGGGCUUUUGCACCGUGACGUGCACGAUGCGUACCAUGGAUCUUAUCAUCCAUCGGACAUACAGGCUUACACAAAACAAGUUGCCGAGCUUGUCUCGCAUCAUGAUCCGGAUGCUGCGGGCUUCUGGGCUGGAUACCUACAGGACGUGGAGCCGACCCUGCUCCCGUCUAGGACCGUGACAAGAGAGUCAAUCAUCCACCGAACCGAGGUGUCAUCAUCCACACGAACGACCACCAUCAUUCAAUUCUGCAAAGCAAACGCUGUGACCCUGCAAACGUUAGGUCAGGCGUGCUGGUCUGCGUACCUCGCAGCACGUACAGGCUCUCUCGACGUCACUUUUGGGGCAGUGUUGUCCUGUAGAGACACCGCAUCACUCGAAACUCUCAGAUUUCCAACCAUAAAUACCGUCGUAAUCCGCAGCGUUUUGCACGGCACGGUAUCUUCAUGGUUGCAGUACAUGCAACGGAAUAUCAACGAGAUCAAUUGUCACCCCCACCUCGCCCUCCGAGACGCACGAAACCUCGCUAAAGCCCGGGGGCCUCUGUUCAACACCCUCUUCAUCCAUCAGAGGGGCCCAUCCUCCAACCCUAACCAGCCGACACAUCCCCAGCUGAUGGUUUCGGCGGAUGGAAACGCAAACGCAAACGCAAACGUCGAAUACCCUGUGUGUGUGGAAACCGAGAUGACGGAGGACGGAUUUGUGUGGCGGUCGGCGUGCUCUGCGACGUACGUAUCGCCGGCCGAGUCGUCGCGGGUGUUGCGGGAGCUCGAUAGUACUCUCGGUAAUAUUGUCAAGUAUCCCGAGGGGAACGUGCUGAGAAUACUCAACGGAAUGCAAGUCACGGUUUGCGACCGGGGUCCCAUCACCAUACGACACCCCGAUAUAAGCCUCCGGGCGAAAAACGAAGACUCAAAGGUCGAUGGGGGUCAAGUUAAUGAAGACGGGCUUGAAGAAGGGAAGGCCAAUGCGGCAAAAUGGGCACCUUUUGAGAUCCUCAUUAGAGAUGUCUUCGCCGCAUUGUUAGAGGUUCCGCCUGAAGUGAUCCGGCGGAGUGACAACGUAUUCCACUUAGGCCUAGACUGCCUGGAAGCUGUCAGGGCCAGCUCGCUGUUCCGGAAAGCCGGGAUCACCAUUCCGUUCACGGAAAUGGUCAUGGGAAAGACCAUCCCUGAACUGGCUUUUCUAGCUCUGGAGAACAGGGGGAAGGAGGCGCGUCCGUCACCCAAGGACGAUGGGCUUGAAAAAGGAUUCAACACUUUCUUCGGGCGAGAAAUCCUGGACGACGCAUGCAUUGAUGAAGCCAGCGUGGAGGCCAUCGUCCCUGCGACGCCACAGCAGGUCCACAUGCUUGCGGUGUCGCAAAACACUCAAGGCGAUCUCUUUUUUCCGGUUUUCCGAUACACGCUUCCAGGGCACCUUGAACUACUCACCAUCGCUGGUGCCUGGGAUACGUUGGUGGCCGACCUUCCAAUCCUGAGGACGGCCUUCUUGCCGAGCAAUUCGCCAUCCGCCCCGGUGUUACAAGUGGUCUUCAAACCUGUUUAUCUCGGAGCACAGAUCUCGAACAACAAUACCAGUUACCAAAACCAUCCACCAGAGAACACUUCACAGCCAUACCACACACUCCGCGUGGAAAGGUCCGGUGACGUUUGGGAUAUCGAGCUUAGAAUCCAUCACGCCCUGUAUGAUGCCGUCAGUCUUUCAGCAAUGUUGGACCGGUUUGUCGCAUUGUGUUGCAGUGCUUGCCCAGCAGCCAGUACAUUCAACUGGGCAACCAUCUAUUCUCAACUCCAUUCCACGGUAGCCGACACCGAACGACGGGAGUACUGGAUCAAUUAUAUGCACAAUGAUGAACACGAAUUACUCUUCCCCCUGUCGUCAUCGGGGACACCCGCAAAACCGCGGAUUGAUGUUGUCCGCCAAGGAGCCAUCAAAAACGCACGUAGUCUGAUUGAUGUCUGCAAAAAGCGUGGAGUCACCCUACAAGCGCUUUUUUUCGCCGCCUAUGCAGAAUCUGUCGCCCGUUUAGCCGAUCGUCGGCCAAGCAAUGUUGUCUUCGGUGUGUAUCUCGCCAAUCGUACCGACCACGAUCAACCCGGGGCAGAAUUUUACCCCUUGCUCCGGCUCGUGCCCCUGUGUCUCCGGUUCUGGACACGCGAUCUGCUAGAACUUGCAGCUACUGUUCAAAGAAUGAUCCUCACAAUCUCGAAGCGGGUGUACAAUGAAGCGGGUUUGUGGGAAAUCAAGGAAUGGACGGGGGUCACGGUCGACUCGUUUGUGAACUUUCUUCCCAGGCGAAAAGCAAUGGUGGGUGAGUCGCAGGGUCUGAGCCUAGAGCUCGGCAAGAGCUCGAUCAACCGGACGCUGGAUGAGGGGAUCCAGGGCUUGGAUGGCACCCCUAAGGACGUGGUCAGCAUUGUGCCGGACUCCGUGAGAGACGCAUUCCCGGAUCCCGUGGAUGUGGAAGCUUCCAUGGAAGGAGAUGAGAUGACCAUCGGCGUUUUUUGCCCCCCUGAGCGCCUCGACACGAACGGGGCAGAAAAACUCCUUGAUUGCAUUGUGCAUGUUUUGACAGAGAUCGUCGAAUGA